AUUUUGCUAGCUGUGGAAGUGGAGUGGUUGUGUUUAAGUAAAGAUUUAUUUUUCCGUUUAUUAUUAUAACUUAUUCUUAUGUUAAAAACAUUUUCCUUAAGAAGAUAAUGUAACAAUGUUUUGAUGAAAUAAGCCCGGUAGCUUAAAAAAAUCAUAUUGAGUUAAAAGUACGGUGAACUUUCAAACACCAUAGAAAAUGAUUUACGUUGGUGAAAGUUUAUUCUAAAAUGUUGCGUGCCAAAUCGUAAAGAAAUGUUUGGUUUGUAAUUAAUGUGAAUUAUUUUAUCGACUUCACAUGCAAAUCAGUUGUGACGAUUUCUCUUAUUUUGGUCAAGUCAAACAAUAAUAACCAAGAUGGCACUAAAAGUUGAACCAAAGAGCGAUCUGGAUUUUAUCCUAAGAAAUUUACUGGCCGGAGGUGUGGCUGGUAUGUGUGCCAAGACCACUGUGGCCCCAUUAGACAGAAUAAAGAUCCUAUUACAAGCUCAGUCAUCACAAUACAAGCAUCAUGGUGUAUUUGGAGGUCUUAUGGCAAUAGUGAAACAGGAAUCCUUUCUCGCUCUUUAUAAGGGAAAUGGAGCUCAAAUGGUCAGGAUAUUUCCAUAUGCAGCAUCACAGUUUACAAGUUUUGAGAUUUAUAAAACGUAUUUAAGCGGUCUAAGCAUACCUAUGAUUCAACAUGGGGACAAAUUUAUUGCGGGCGCUGGAGCAGGUCUCACUUCAGUGACGCUUACAUAUCCUCUUGAUACUAUUAGAGCACGCCUGGCCUUUCAAAUCACAGGCGAACACAGAUAUACAGGAAUUGCUCAUGCUGCGUCUACUAUGUUCAAAACGGAAGGCGGUAUACGUGCAUUGUACCGCGGUUUCGUCCCAACAAUGGUGGGUAUGGUGCCGUACGCAGGUUUCAGUUUUUACUGCUUCGAGUCACUGAAAUAUCUAUGUAUGAAAUAUUUCCCGACGUCCUUGUGUAGAAAAUGCGAUAGGAAUACUGGCGGCCUUGUCCUGUCAGUACCAGGCAAAUUACUGUGCGGUGGUCUAGCAGGAGCAGUUGCACAGUCUGUGUCUUAUCCACUAGAUGUCACCAGACGGCGGAUGCAAUUGGCGGCCAUGGACCCAGCUACGAAACAUUUUGGAAGCAUCGGUAUGUUUUCCACACUCGCGCAUAUCUACCGCGAAAAUGGUGUGAUAAGAGGAUUAUAUCGUGGUAUGAGUGUGAAUUACAUCAGAGCAAUUCCGAUGGUAGCUACCUCCUUCUCCACAUACGAGCUGAUGAAGCAGCUCCUCAACCUCGAUACUGGCAUGAAGGUAUCAUAAGGAUUAUUCUAUAAUACUUCCAAUGUGACAUUCAAUAAAUGUAUAUUUUGUACUUUUACGUCGCAAGUAUAAGUUUAUAUUAAUAAAGAUUUUAUAAUGGAUUGUGGAUACGACUUGUAUUCCAAAAUACAUUUAUUCCGUAAAUUACUAAGCGGUUAAAAACCACAAUACGAACGCAGAAUUUGUAUUUGUUUAAGGCAACAGGCCGAUAAGUUUUGGAGUGAAUUAAAUUCACGAUAGAAAAUAGAAAUAGUUUAAUGUGAUCCAAACAAAUCUCGAGCAACGCCUGGCUCUCUAUUCACAUUUAAUGUUCACUGGGCGUUAUUUAUCUUUAUUUAAAGAUUAUAAUUUGACAUAUAUUAAUUAGUAACAGGUAUGAUUGUUAUAUAUUGUAUGGGUUAGGGUAGAAAUAAUUAGGUUAAGUAAAUCAGUAUUUGUUUUGCUGUUUAUAAAAUUUAUUUGAAUUGGUUUCAACUGACGAUAAUCAUUUUGGUUCUGUUUUAAGUUUCGCUCAAUACUAACCGCGUUGGCAUUUAUUUGGCAACAAGUACUUAGAAUUGUCUUCAUUUUUUAUUCGUCAACUGGUUCUGAGCUGCUUAUUUAUUGUAUUAAUGAGCUUUAAACCAAAUUUAUUCAAAUAAGAACAAAAUAAAUGAAAAUGUAUAUUUAUACUAAGUAACGAAAUUGAAUAUAGAACAUAUU